CGACCUUUUCAGCCAUGUCCCAGGUUUGUCCGUCUUCCUCGCAUCAACUGGUCGCAGCCGCGGUAGCUUUUCGCCGAGCUCGACGUAAAUUUCCGAAAAAUUUUGGUUUGUAUAGCAACAUAGAAGAAACAAAGUUCGAUAAGACUGAAAGCGUCAGCGGAAACGAGGAGCUAAACGAUCAAGAAAAUUCGUCGCUUCCAUCGAGAAAUUGUUCAAACGGAAGAUCGAAUCGUGUGGAAGCAAAGGUAUUCUGGAACGACGAGUGCGGCGAAAGUGGCUCGAUCAAGGAAAACUUACUCCAGAAGCCAAUAAUCUGCAGUUGUUGUCGUAAACGUAACGAUCAAUGCAAUGCUGGAGAUGCACUCGACAUCGUCCCAAGCAAAGAGCACAAUGGGAUCACGCAGAAAAGUGAAUUUUCUAAAUCGGAACAAACAGAAAGUUGUAACGCGAAGGCAAUAAAAAGUUUCAUAACGGAACCUCGAAAUUCUAGUCGUUGUCGUGGCUCACAUUCUUAUUUUCCAAGACGAAACCCGAAAGAAACUUCCACUAAAUUGGAUUCCGUUAAUCUUCUGUACGACUGCGAUCAGAACGAAGUGGACAAUGUUAAAAGCAGCGACUCGUCCGAGAAACGAAAUUGCAAUAAAGACGAGCACGAGUGUAAUGCCGGAGGGAGAGAUCAUAAAUCGUGUCAUCGAAACUCGCAAAAGGAUAACCACCCAUCGUCGUCUAGUAUUUCGCGCACAUUCCGUUGUGCGAAACAUUCGACUCUUGAUCUUCUACGACCUCAUCGGGAUUAUUGGUAUCGUGAGAAUCGUCAUUAUUGCUGCCAUUCUCACGAUCACUGCCAUCAUCGUUGCGACGACGAGUACAACAGUUAUUCAUCAAAGGAAAAGCGUCUCGCGUCAGACACGUGUCUCUGCUCCUCAAACUCCAACAAUCGGAGAAAUUGCUGUUCCAAGGGCCAAACCCCGCACGAAUCUAUCUGCAGUCAUAACUGUUGCGCGAACAAUUCAGAAAAGAUUUCGACGGUGCAAGAGCAGAACGACGAGGAGCUGGACGAUUCUGUGGGCACGAUCAAUCACAAGGACUCUUUGUGUAUUCUGGUGGAAAAGUACAAGACUAAUAAAAAGUGCAAGCACAAGGCAUAUCUCGGCGGCCCUGAAUUCUCGAGCGAACGAACUAAAGACGAAUGCGAUAAAUCGUUCACCUCGGAAACCAGUUGUCAACUGGAUGAAAUCGUGAACGCGAAACAAGGGGAGAAAUAUUCGAGCAGCAAUAAAUGCCGUUUCCGAGACAAUCGUGUGUCGAUGGGGAGAACGUGCAGACACGGCUGCGGUCCGAUCUUCAGGCAAGGGGACUGCAAUCAAUUCAAAAACCUCAAGUCUCGUUUAAUAAAGACUGGUACUUGUUGUUCAGCGAAAGGCACACCAUGGAGACACACGUUUUAAAUUCAACGAAGAUUCUUCACUUCGAGUUCCACUUUUCCAUACCAAGUUUUUGUAUUUAUAUCGUUUCUAGUUCGCACGUUCGUUGGCUAUUCGUCUUUUUUACACACAGUAGCUAGCUGCUAUAGAUGUAUUUAUAUCGCUAUUUUUUGGUUAUUAUUUAUUAAAACGAUAUUAUUUAUUAUUCGAGUUUAACAAAAAAGGUAGAAAAAAAGAUCAUAUCACAUAUAUAUUUUGCCUUUGUACGAAGACACCGCUCUAUGUAUUUAACAAAUUUACAUUAAAACCGCUAUAAGUUUUCUGCAUAUGAAUUUUCAUUGUAAUUUUUAUCUUCGCCCACAAAAAGGGGCAAAGAAGUUUCGGACAGUAGUUCAAUUUCAAGGUUGGCGCACCGUCGCUCCUCCGGAUGGUUAUUUUUUUGAGGUAUAUUGCGCUAAUAAAGUUAAUAAACUUAUUUUGGAAGUAUAUUGCUUUAAUAAAGUUAAUAAACGAGCGCAUUUAUAUCAUUCCGCUACAACGGGCUCUGUACUGCCAGCCUCUUGGGCAUCAUUUGGACACUCUUGCGUCUCUCUCCUUUUUCCUUUUCCAUCUCCUCCACUUUUCGCUCCGUUUCUUCUACUUCUUUCGCCUUCUUCACUCUCUAUUCUUCCUCCUUCUCUUCCGUUUCUUUUUCUUCUAAUUUUUCACCCU